AUGUUAGAUAUCCUUCAAUUUAUCGACGAGAAGGGUGGUGAUUCAAAAGCCAUCAAGGAAUCCCAAAGAAGAAGAGGUGCCUCAGUGGAAAUUGUUGAUGAGAUUAUUGAAGAGUACCGUAACUGGACCAAGGUUAGAUUCGAUCUUGAUGAAUUAAACAAGAAACAGAACAAACUCCAGAAGGAGAUAGGAAAGAAGUUCAAGAAUAAGGAGGAUCCAAAGGAAUUGCUUAAGCAGAAGGACGAUGUUGUUGCUCAGAAGAAGGAGCUUACGAAAAAGGAGGAAGAGGCCGACAAAAAGCUACGUUACAAGGUGAACCAAGUCGGAAACAUUCUUCAUCCAUCUGUUGUUGAUUCUCUUGAUGAGGCAAACAACAGUCUUGAGAGAACUUGGGAACCAGAGGGAUACGAGUUUGGCAAGUUGACCAACGUGGCAACUGGAACGAAGGCUCCAGCAAAGCUUUCCCAUCACGAGAUUUUGUUGAGACUCGAUGGAUAUGAUCCAGAGAGAGGUGUGAAAAUUUGUGGACAUAGAGGUUUCUUCCUGAGAAACUAUGGUGUUUUCUUGAACCAGGCUUUGAUUAACUACGGUUUGAGUUUCUUGCUCAAAAAGGGAUACACUCCAAUGCAGGCACCUGUGAUGAUGAACAAGGAUGUGAUGGCAAAGACUGCCCAGUUGUCUGAGUUUGAUGAGGAAUUGUACAAGGUCACCGAUGGUGAUGAUGAAAAAUACUUGAUUGCCACCUCUGAGCAGCCAAUUUCUGCUUACCAUUCCGGUGAAUGGUUCGAGAGACCAUCAGAGCAGCUUCCAGUCAGAUAUGCUGGUCUGUCCCAAUGUUUCAGAAGAGAAGCCGGUGCCCACGGUAAAGAUGCAUGGGGAAUUUUCAGAGUGCAUACAUUUGAAAAGAUUGAACAGUUCUGUUUGGCCGAACCAGACAAGUCAUGGGAGGAGUUCAACAGAAUGAUCGGCAUUUCUGAAGAUUUCUACAAGUCUCUUAAACUUCCAUACAGAGUUGUUGGCAUUGUUUCCGGUGAGCUUAACAAUGCUGCCGCCAAGAAGUACGAUCUUGAGGCAUGGUUCCCAUACCAGAAAGAAUACAAGGAAUUGGUUUCUUGCUCUAACUGUACCGAUUACCAAUCCAGAAAUCUGGAGAUCAGAUGUGGUAUUAAGACUGCCAACCAGAAGGAGAAGAAGUAUGUUCAUUGCUUGAACUCUACUUUGUGCGCAACCGAGAGAUGUCUAUGCUGUAUUCUUGAAAAUUACCAGACACCUGAUGGUUUGAUGAUUCCAGAGGUUUUGAGGGAUUACAUUCCUGGAAAGCCAGAGUUUAUUCCAUUUGUCAAGGAGUUACCUAAGAACUCCACUUCCAACAAGAAGAAAUAA